AGCACGGAAGCAUCUGCCUCGGGCUUACGUCAAACCCGUUGGCCGCCAGCAGAGAGAGAGAGAGAGAGAGAGGUCUCAUUCAGUGAGGUUUUCUUCAGAGGGAACCAAAGGAUCCAUUGAGUGGAAACCGUGAAACGUCUCUCUUAUAAUUUUCCUGUGGCCAAGAAGUCAUUUUUAAAACGGACAGAAACAGUUAUCCUAAACUGUGCUUUGUGAUUACGAAAGAAGAAGAAGAAAAAAAGAAGGAAAAAAAACACGGUAGUGGUGAUCAAAGGGUGUUUAUUAUGGCCAUGGAUACAAGAGUGUACCGUUGGAGGAAUCCGCCGUCAUUUAGCGAUUUGUGCGCCGAAGAUUUCAAUGGUUUAAUAAGAAGUGAUCUCGCCCAGAACGAAUACUUGGAAGCGUACAGUGACGGGUGCGACACCCCCUGUGGCAGUCCCGGUAGUGUAGAGGCACCCGCUAGCCCCGCCCAUCAGCAUUAUAUGAACGUCACGCCUACACCAGUUUACACUGACCUUUCUUCGCCCGCUCCUCCGAAUAACUAUAUCGCGGGCAACUACUACGGCAGUGGGAACCAAAGUUAUUACCCUUCCGUCGAGAAUGCGAGAGAAACGUCCUUUGUCCAGCCGGGCGCUUUUGAAUUUCAAGACUCUGUAGCAGUCGGCAGUGAGAAAGUCAACCCACCCUUCACGUCUGUCAAUUACGAGAACUUCUGGCCAAAUGGCGGCGCCCUUCACAAUCCGUUGGGGGGCGUGGCCGAUGGUGGAAUGUACCCCGCGUCCGGUGGACCUCAAAAGAUGGAGACGCGGACGGAGACGCUGAUUCAUUCGCAGGGGAUCUUCGAUAGGAAGCCUCUGAGGAUCCGGAGGAGGCAACAGAAACACGUGAACUCCGACACCAAGAAAAAACGGAGGCUGCAGGCGAACGCCCGCGAACGCAGGAGAAUGAACGGCCUGAACAGCGCCUUUGAGAGGCUGCGAGAGGUGGUGCCAGCUCUCGGGAACGACAGGAAGCUCUCCAAAUUUGAAACGCUGCAGAUGGCGCAGACCUACAUUACUGCCCUCUCUGAACUCCUGAAGAGGGAUACAUGAGAGCAAAUAAUGUUUAUGUCUACGAGUUUUACUUGUCUUCAUUUCUUCUUUGUAACUUUCAUGUCACACGCACGUUGUUUUAGUUAUGUUCUGUUGUUCUGUUCGUUGUGUCUCUACACAUGUGUGUUAUGAAGGUACUGAAUGUCUUCUUCGGCAAUGUUAGAUUAAUUUACUUCUAAAUAUACAAAUAUUAAUGGAAGGUUAUUAGUCAAAAUCUUCCGAAUCAGCAAUGCAAAAUGUUCCUGUCAAGACAAGAAGCCCAUUUAAAUACUACAUUUAUUUACAACCACUGUUCAAAACAUGCAAUAUCUUAUGAUAGGUUUUAUUUUUUACAUUUCUGUUUGAUAUAAUUUAUCCAGAAUUCUCACUUUGCAUAUAUACCUCAGUAUUUUACAAGGCACGAUGGCUAUUGCUACUCCUGUGCAAAUGUCACAUACUUGCUAUGUAUGACCCACCAGUAUUAGUUAAUAAGGCCUCCUAAUCUGUGAUAUGUUGU